UCAGAGAACGAGGAGAGACCGCGAACUAUCAGUGAUUUGACCAAACCGCGCCAUGCGACACAACAAACUGCCAUCGGUCCGACCAGGUCCUGUGGCUCUCUGGAGAAGCAUGAGUUACUAUUCCUGGUUCUGACCAUCCUGGGCCUUGCAGCCACCCUGGGGCUGACCAUCUACAGACUCACCAGUGUCGAGAAGACAACUGCAGACUUCACUUUUGCAUUGGUCCUCAUCAUCAACACAGUUGCAUGCCUGAUCUUCGUUGUCCAUGGCUUGAUGCGGGAGCGGCCUUAUGAAGUUGCCAUCUUCAUCAUAGCAGACGUCAUUGUCCUCAUCUAUUGUAUUGUCAACUAUGCAGAGAAGCCAAGAUGGGAUAACCCCACUGAACAUGCUGUAAAGUUGGUGCGGCUGAUACUGGUGGUGGUGGUCUCUGUGAUUGUCGUCCCCCUGGCUGUCUACAUCCUGGUGUCCUUCUAUCAGUCACGUAACCUGAUCUUCAGAACAGUGGGGGCCAAUGCAGAGUUACAGGACAUGUGUGACCUGACCUUCUUCAAUGAAGCCUUGCUGAAGUUGGACUUCCAGUUGGAGCUUUCCAUGGUGGUGUUGGUGAUGAACAAUGGAACAAAACUGAUCACUGAAGACAUCAUUGUGCUGUCUGUGGGGACUGUGUUUGUGUUGGUAUGGGCCACACUGGGGUACUUGUCGAUGAGAUUUGAGAGCAAAGUGUUGGUCAUCAUCUUCCUCCUGCUGUGGUGGUGUGAGCCGGCCUACAUCAUCUACAAGAUGGUGGAUGUUGCCCAACAGCUCCACAACAAACAUGAGGAUCCCACACCUGAAGAUGCUAACCUGGUGCCUGCAGCAGCCAUUGCCUGCGGUAUCGCUGCCUGUCUCGUCCACUCCUUAGUACUGAUGGUCACAUGGAAAGUCUGGGGCAACUUUGGCAAUGGACUUAAGGAGAAAGUGUAUGGGCAGCCUGGUACAGAUGACAGCAGGCAUGUUGUGGAGGAAGAGACUCGGUCUUAAAGUACAGCAGCUAGCAGCCUGCUGGAGUCGUACAAAGGCAAUGUUGUCAGUUGACAUCAUUCAGUAAUUCUUUUGCAAAGUGUCACAGCUAUAUGUGUAGCAAAGUAUAUUACACGUUAUGUUAUACAGAUUUUAUUGAUUAAACAGUGAAGUUGAGCGAAAAGAUUUGUAUAUUUCUAAAGAAUUUAUAUUUUCAAUUUUACACUGAUCCUUUCAACAUCUAGAGAAUUCUGCGACUAUUUCUUUGUAAGUUUAAACGUAGUCACAUGAUACCUCUUUAUAUAAAUUUUUAUAACACCUUUCAUAACUACAUCUAUAGAAUACAGUACUUGGAAGAUAAGUUUCACUCUCAAUUGAAAUGAGAUAUUUUAUUGCACCAUUCCAAAGUAACUUUUAGAAGACCAUUGCAAACAUUAUUCCCUAUUGCAGUAAUACAUUGAGUUUGAUUAUUGAAUACAAAUGAUGUUGUACUUAAUAUGCAUCAUUAAAUUUUAUGAGAAUUAAUCAGAAUAUUAAAGCCAUUACGUACAUUGUUGAUAUAUGUAGAAGAAAAGAAUUGAAAUGUUAUCAAUUUUGAUUUUUGUACAAAGGAUGUGAACACUUCUUGAAUUGUGUAUCAGUUAAUUUGUUAUAAUUAAUGGAAGAACCUAAUGCAAUGUAUAUUGUCAAUACCAUAUUAUAUAUUAAUGAUAUAUACUUCUCAAUAAAAAAUAGUUACUUACAUGUA